UGCGCGGGGAGCGGCCCCCGAUGGGAUGUAGCGGGCGGCUGCUGGGACCCGUCGGGGGACGGCGCGCCUCGCUGCUCCUCACCAUGAUCCUCUUCUUCACCUACUUCUUCUACUGCCUACCCGGGCCCUGCGAGCCGCUGCCGCCCGCUCUGCUGCUGCCGCCGCCCGCUGCGCUCCCCGACGGCCCGGCUCCGACGGCAGCGGGGGACGCGGGCCCGGCGUUGGGCGGCGGCAGCCGGCGCUUCCCGCAAGCCAUCAUCGUGGGCGUGAAGAAGGGCGGGACGCGGGCGCUGCUGGAGUUCCUGCGGGUGCACCCCGGGGUGCGUGCGGUGGGCGCUGAGCCGCAUUUCUUCGACAGGUGCUACGAGAAGGGGCUGCGCUGGUACAGGAGCCUGAUGCCACGGACACUGGAGGGGCAGAUCACAAUGGAGAAGACCCCCAGCUACUUUGUCACCAAGGAGGCCCCACGGCGCAUCUACAACAUGUCACGGGACACCAAGCUGAUCGUGGUGGUGCGCAACCCUGUCACCCGCGCCAUCUCAGACUACACGCAGACGCUCUCCAAAAACCCCACCAUCCCCAGCUUCCAGGACUUGGCCUUCAAAAAUGUCAGCACAGGACUGAUCGACACGAGCUGGAGCGCGGUCAGGAUUGGGAUCUACGCCAAGCACCUGGACAACUGGCUGCAGUACUUCCCCCUCUCCAAAUUCCUCUUUGUCAGCGGGGAGAGGCUGGUCAGCGACCCGGCCGGGGAGAUGGGCCGCGUCCAGGACUUCCUGGGUCUCAAGAGGGUGGUGACAGACAAACAUUUCUACUUCAACCAGACAAAGGGCUUUCCCUGCCUGAAGAAGCCAGAGGGCAGCAGCAAGCCCCGCUGCCUGGGCAAGUCCAAGGGGCGGCCGCACCCCAAGAUCGAGGGGCAGGUGGUGCAGCGCCUGCAGGAGUUCUACAGACCCUUCAACAUGAAGUUUUACCAGAUGACGGGGCAGGACUUUGGCUGGGACUGAGCGGGGCCACCAGCAGCCUCGUCCCUCUGUUCUAAUUUAUAUUGGACCUUUUCCGGCAAGAAACGGACCCUUCCGGAGUAGAGAGAAAUAUUUAAGAAAUAAAACCACAGAUAACCCCUCUCUCCCCUUCCUCCUCUGACCAGAUUAAAUA